AUGAGGACCGGCGAGGAAGUGGCCAAGGCCGUCGUAGAGGGUGGCACCAGCUACCGGAGCAUGCAGCAAUCUGAGGGGCUUCCACCGAUGGUGAGGGCGGAGGCCAACUGGGAGCGGCUGGUGUGCGCGGCGCUGCGCGGGAAGCGGCUCGUCGGCGCCUACGGGCAACUGGUCACCGGCAUCGCCGGGAACGUGCCGUCGUCGCUCGGCAACAACGUGCACAUCGAGGAGGUGCUCCGCGCCGCCGACGAGAUCUAG